UUGAACACGACAACCUUGACUUAAUCCUCCCAAAAGGAAGGGGUCAAGCAGUGCGGAAACACACCAUGUCGACGACCAAGCAUGAACGGAACAACGACGAGUGGAAGGGCCCGCGACGGCUUCCCUCCGUCAAGGAGAAGCUGUCGAGCUUCGUGCGCCGCGGCCGGGAAAAAGCAAAGAAGACAACACUGUCUGUCUUGGGCGAGUCACGACAGGAGCGACCAUCCCUGGACGAGAGCAUGAAAGCUCUUCCGCGGGUCCAGGUGUCAGAUUUCGGGACCUCGAGUCUUGAGAUCGACCUGCAGUCUCUCGAGGCGUUCCGCAUUGCGCCGUCGCAGCCCGCGAGGGGAGCAGAGCAAGCGAAGCAGGUCAAGAAGACUUCUUCGCGGACCUCGACAAUGACGCCAAUCGCCGACAUGUUUGCCAGAAAGGCGACGACAGCCGCACUCUCCACGGUCGACAUGAGGACCCUCAACAAAUCCUCGCCAUCAUUGCUCACCUCUGUCGCCAGCAGCAAGCCUGCUGAAGCACGCCGCCCUGGUCAAGCUCCCUCCAUGUCUUCGAGGUCCACUGUUGUUGCUACUGCUGCUGUACCAAGCACUACAUCGAGCGUGAUCAUCAUCAACAACAACAGCUCGACCGGCCAGCCACAAUCACACGCCUCGAAACCCUGGCCACCACCAGAGACUCCCCGCACAGCUGCAGCACCCAUCCGCACUCAGUUUUCCACGGCAUCGACUUCGACAUCGAACCAAGUCAACAAACUGCCGCUUCACGAACCGCCACGACGCGCCGCCUUCGUACCGGCCUACGUCCCGUCACGGGCCGCCGCAAUCGUCACGCCAGUUGGGCCUGUCAUUAGGCCCCACCACCAAAAUGCCGACACCGUUGCCAGACAGCAACGGCUGCAGCAUAACACGGAAAAGCGCCACUCGAACCCCUCAGGAAUGCCCUCGUCGUCAACGACGACCACGACCGCCCCGGCGCCGAACAAGCUUCUCCUCGCAGAAAUCGCCAACACAGACCGUAGACGGUCUUGGCAACCGGCGCCGACAUCGGUCCCAUCAGCUGCAGGAACGCCCACAUCGUCCGGUCCACCAUCCGCAUCCGCCCCGUGGCGAGGUCGCGAUCUUGAUGGCAGCAGCAGCAGCAGCAAGAGAGCAUCAUCCCGCAUCGCCUCGGACCGCCUCGCCUGGAUCCGCGAGCUCGAGGAGGGUAAGAAGAAGAAGUCGACAAUCAAUGGCGAUCUUCCCGUUCUCAGGAACAUGCAGGGCAGCGUGGCAGACAAGCUGGCCAAGUUUGAGCAGCAGAAGCAGCUGCAACAAAUGCAGCAGCAGAUCCCCCUCACCCGGUCCAACUCAAAUAGGAGCCGCAUCUCGUCCGUCGCCGACACCACCUUCUCUUCGUAUAACGGCCCGGCAACCGCCCGAUCGUCUCUCGAUACCUGCCGCACCUCCUCCGUUUUCUCACACUAUGAUGACUCGUUCCGCGAGAAGAUGGAGAUUAUCACGGGAGCUGCCAACAAGACGGCCGACGAGGAGAAUGAGGAGAAGCCUGCCCUGAACAAGGUCACGGCUACUUUUGUGCCAAUCGAAAAGAAGGAGCCCAUUGUGGCACCUGUCACCCAGGCUGUGGAAGACGAAAGCGCCGCAAACACCGCCCCCGAGGAUGUUGCGCCUGUCUCACCAGCAGUGGAGAAGAUUGAGCCCGCCACGACCGAUGCACCCAUCCCGGCAGAUGUUCCUCUUCCGGAAAAUGUUGAAGAGAAGGCCGCCCCAGUCGAGGUCCCGACCAUUUCUGUGUCAUCAGAGACCGAGAAGAUGGAGCCCACCACGAGCGAGGCUCCUCUCGCGGCGGAUGUUCCUCUUCCGGAGGAUGCUGAGGUCGAGGAGAAGCCCGCCCCCGAGGAAGUCCCGUCUGUCUCUGUGUCAGUGGAGAAGGCGGAACCCACCGUGAUUGACGCUGAUCGUGCGGCGGAUGAACCAGCCGAGGAGAAGCCCACUGUGGCCGACGUCUCCACUGCCAUUGUGGCAGCCAGCGAGAUGACCAAGCCUACCUGCGCCGAUGAGCCUCAAUCCAUUUGAUUUUGGUCGCUUAGUUUAUUCGGACGACAGAGUGUGUCCGCAUGUUUGUUUUCUUGUUUUAUUUUGCAUCCGAAGAGAUGUAGGCGCGCAGCGCACAGUUUGAUACCAGUAGAGCUUUCUAUACUCUUUUUUGCAUGAUAUUCCCC